CUUCCUCUUUGGAGUUAGGUGAGUGCGUGGCAGGAGAGGCGGAAACAAUUUAGCUGAGCCUUCUUGCGCGCUUGCGGCUGUGGUGAGUGCAGGCGGUGGUUGCUAGCUCCAGUUGGCUUGGCUGGGAGUAAGCUUUGUGGUUGAUAACAUCUCUUUUGUUGCUACAAAGACUCUAUUGAGGUUGGUGGCGUCUGCAGCUGCACCCUGUAAAGGUACAGAUAGUUGCUUUCAGCAGAGACUACAGAUAUCCUUCUUAGGAUUGCUGUAGACUCUGUGCACCUAGCAGGAGACAUGCCCAGGGGACGGAAGAGUAGGCGCCGUCGCAAUGCUAGGGCUGCAGAAGAGAACCGCAACAAUCGUAAGAUCCAGGCCUCGGAAACCUCUGAGACCCCGAUGGCAGCCUCUGUGGUCUCAAGCACACCUGAGGACGACCUGAGCAGCCCUGAGGAAGACCCGAGCACUCCGGAGACCUCCACCACCCCCGAGGAAGCCUCGAGCGUUGCUCAAGCUCAAAAGCCCUCUGUAGCCCGGAGCAAUUUUCAGGGUACCAAGAAAAGUCUCCUGAUGUCCAUAUUAGCUCUCAUCUUCAUCAUGGGCAACAGCGCCAAGGAGGCCCUAGUCUGGAAAGUGCUGGGGAAGUUGGGAAUGCAGCCUGGCCGGCAGCACAGCAUCUUUGGAGAUCCAAAGAAGGUCGUCACGGAAGAGUUUGUGCGUAGAGGGUACCUGAUUUAUAAGCCGGUGCCUCGUAGCAGUCCCGUGGAGUACGAGUUCUUCUGGGGACCUAGAGCACAUGUGGAAUCAAGCAAGCUGAAAGUCAUGCAUUUUGUGGCGAGAGUGCGCAACCGAUGCUCCAAGGACUGGCCGUGUAAUUACGACUGGGAUUCAGACGAUGAUGCAGAAGUUGAGGCUAUCCUCAAUUCAGGUGCAGGGGGUUACUCUGCACCUUAGGUAAAUUUGGAAAAGACCCUUGGGGGGGGGGUUGGAAAGAGCAACAAAGGUACCCCAAGGUGUAGAUCAUCCAUGUCCUGAGUUGUAUAUGACUGGGAGGGGGAGUGGGGGACUGUAUUUGAUAUUUGUGAUAAGUGCUAAUGUUUAACUUGCAAAAUGGAGUUUUUGCUUUGGAUAUUGUAAAAUUUUAUUCAUUUUAAUACAUGAGGUUGAUUAAGGUCACAAUAUGUUUAAAAUAUGAUUGAAGCAAAGAGGUUUUUUCGCUUCAUUGAGAUUUAGUAUAAGUGUUACUAUGGUUAUAAAAUGAAGUUUUUCUGUCAUGUUCUGUGAUCUGCUAUGUAAUUUAUAUCAUGGAAAUAGGAUGUUAUUUUAAAGUUUGAAAUAAGCAGAAAAGGUGAAAGGACAGGGGAUUUGACUUGUACUUGGCCUAUCUGAAAGCUAUUGUGUCUGCUUUGGUGUAAGAAGACUGAUAUUUACCUUGAUUUUGCUUAGUUACUACAGAAUAUAGAAAAAAAUAAAAGCAUAAUAACAAGGACACCUUGUUCAUUUAUUGAGCAACCACUAGUUAUGUGUAAGGCACCAGUGUAGAUUCUGGGGGUAUUCCUUAGUACACAGCCCUCAAUUUUAAAGAAUGUUCUAGAUAACAUGGGAGAGACAUAUAUGCAAACUGUGGUAAAUGCUGUAAUAGAGAGCAAGCAUGGCAUACCAUGAAAAUGUAGGAAACAUUAGGUGAUCUGACUUGGUUGAUGGGAUGAGAAAGAGAAAAAUUUAGAGUGCUAUACAAAUCCCAAGAGAUUUUUAAAUAACCUUGGGGGAAAUUGAUAGGGGCAUCAGAGCACAGUAUGAACAUUUGUAUUAGGUAAUUAUUGGAUACUUAACCCAGCACAGGGGUGGGGACAUUGGCAGAGGGAAAGGAACAUCAUAGAAAAUACUCUUAAAUCAGCUUGAGAGAAGACAGGCUGAAGGAGAAAAGACAUUAUGGGGUAUUGCAAAAUCUAAAAAGGUGAGACAAAAAAAUCUUGGUGAGAUGACAACCUGAGGUCUGAAGUAAUAAUGGAGAUGGGAAAGGGAAUAAAUAUGCAGCCACUAAAAGCAGCAUGGAAAAAAACAAAUUUUUCACUGAGUUGUAAAGGUUAGAUCAAGGGGAGUGAAGGGAAAGAGAAUUGAAGUUGGGAAGAGGUGAACAAGGGCUAUAUUUCAAAAGUUGGGAGUUCCAGUUGAUUUUGAUGAGAACAAAAAUGAUUAAUAAUAAUGGCAAUCCUGAAAUAUAAAAAGAAAGAUUUUGCCCCCAAGCAUAAAUUCUUAGAUGAGCUAGAAAGGUACUACCUUUGAAAGGUAGUACCUCUGAAAGGUACUACCUCUGAAAGGUGCUACCUCUGAAAGGUAACCUGGCACUUCUCCCAGGCGCUAUGUUUUUUUAGUAUGUGCAGAUUGUCUUUAAAGUGUGUAGGGAUGUGUGUGUGUGUGCACGUCCAUGUACAGGAGUGGGGCAGCUCUGAGAGUUAGCACUCUGACUCUUUCCUCUGGUCAGUGUAGUGAGUCCAGAGGGCUACCUGGUAUGGUGGCCCAUAUUGUAUUAAGUCAUGUGGCAUUAGAUUUCUUUCCACCUCCAGGAGAUUUCAUACUUUCUUACCUCAUUAUACUAAGGUGUGCAAUGCUCUCCUGAUCCAUUCUAUCACCAGGAGCUUCUGAACCCUCUUCUUCUGAGGAGCUUCUUCACCCUGCAGCAAAUCUGGAGCUAUGGGAGUCCCUUCACAUUCUUAGCAACUCUCUGGUCACCCACAAAGCUUACCACAUUUGUUCCUAGAGUCCAAACCUGUAUGGACUAAGUCCUGUAAGAGGGAGCAUCAAGGAAGGGAGCCUCGCCUAAACUUAUGGGCCUCAGAGGGAACAGCUACCUCACACGAAAGAGUAAUCAGGGUGCAUUCUUCUUUCUCUGCCUCCAGUCUAAACAUGCUUCCAACUCUAUGUCAGGUAAAGUCACUGGGGCCAGGAUAGGCUAAUAAGUGACUUUCUGGCAAAGACCCAGGGACCCAUAGACAUCAGCAUGAAAGCUGAGGGUUCAAACAAAAGUAGGAACUAUGGCCCUUCAGCAGGUCCACUUUCAUUCAGCAGACAAAACAUUAGUGAGGGCCUUCUAUGAUUUAGGCAGUGAGAUGGCAACUGAGCCUAUAAAAAAAUCAAAAUAUAUGUUUCUUGAGCUGGAUGGGGGAGCAUCUUUGCCAAAACCAUCCCCAGGGGUAAAUAGGUUGUGAAUUUGAGAUUCAGAGUACUAAGUGAGUUUCCUGUCUAGAGCCACAGGGGUGACAAGUGACAGAUCCUAGGCAAAACCCCAUGACCUUUCCCUGCAAAUCCAGUGUGCUUUCCCACAGGCCAUGCUGCUGUUAUCUCUGUCUACCAAAGCACUAUCAGGUGUAUGUCUUCAAAAAAAAGUGUGAAGUCAGUGGGAUAGGUCUCAGUAACUCAACUUAAUUCUCCCCCUUUUACAGAUAGGGGCUCAAGGAAGUAAGUCCAGGUCAGUCAGCUAGCAAGGGAAAGGGCCUGCAAAGGAAAGAUUUAUUGACCAUCUCUUCUGUACUAAGGGUUUGCCCCAUAUUAUCUCUGUCAGGCCAGUAAGAUACUCCCGAUUUCACAGUAAGUGCCACCUAGUUCAAGGGAAGAAAUAAUGACCUUCCAAAAUCUGUCUGAAUACAUGUUUUCUUCAGUUCUGGUGGGGAAUUAUCAGCCAAUUAUUUAAAGUGGUUAUUUGCAGGUAUGGGCCAAGAAGCUUAAUUCAGCCAGAGAACCAGUAGGAGGCAGUAUAAAAAGAGAGAAAGUGGGAGUAUACCUCAAGUUGCACUAUUAAAGACAUGACUUAGAAUCCUGAAAGCCUCAGGCAGAUGGCUCCACAGGAAUGCACAAAGAAUUAGGUGACCUGCCUCAGCCCAGCAAGGAAGCAAUCAAUGGCCAGAGUCAUCCUGCUCUUGUCUUGGAAGUUUAGUGUGUCUCUCACUACCCCCAGCCCCACAACACACUACACUGGUACUACAAAGAGUUAAUGUUCAUUUCAUUAGGUAAAGGCUGAACAAAGGCAGGAUUUCCUGUGACUGAAAUAAAUGAAGGGCUGAGGGAGAGGCAGGGAAAAGGGGCUCUGGAAGAUGGUUAAGAAAAAAAAUAUUCAUUGUUUCAUUUACAUAAAUUCUUUGAGCUUUGAGCAAUAUCCAGAUGGGAUGGAACCGCUUGCUGUGUAAAUCAACAAAUUUAGCUAGUCAUAGCCCAGCAGAGUUUUACAAAAUGAAUAUAAAAGCUGCAUUUUUAGUUGCCAGAAUGCCUCUGAUUGAAUGGAUUGAUA